AGUCUCAUGUGAACUUGGCUUCAGUACCUUGCAUGCGGUGUGCUGAGAGCUGUUUUGCUUCCAGCAGCCACCUUGAGGAACUUCUUAAGGAUUUCUUUGCUUUCUUCUCUUGAGGUGGCUUAUUUCCAGGGCUAACCUUUCUGCCUCCAGCCUUUCGCUUACAUGUCUUUAACAUAUUAAAAGUACUGAAAAUGGGGUGAGUUUGUUUGGUCCCAGCUGAAAGAAUCUGCAGGUUGUCUUGCUUGUUUGGUACCAGUAGCGUUGUUUCAUGUUGUGGGAUUUUGAGGCACAAGGCCUGUAGGUGUUCCCAAGACGCUCUGAAGUCUGACCGAUACUGCAGAGAUCCCAAAGAACUUCCCUGAAUGAGGAAUGGUCUUGCUGGAUGGAAAAAUCUUCUAGGCCCAAUUCUGCACGGAUUAAGCAAGUAGAAGUUCCUCAACGUAUCCUUUUCCCUUCUACCAGCUACCAGAUUGGGAUCUUGAACAUGGGUUCUGGCAUUGGUGAUGAGCAAUGGGGUAUGAUGUAGCACGCUUUCAGGGGGAUGUUGAUGAAGACCUUAUAUGCCCCAUCUGCAGCGGGGUCCUGGAGGAGCCAGUGCAGGCUCCUCACUGUGAACACGCCUUUUGCAAUGCCUGCAUCACCCAGUGGUUUUCCCAGCAGCAGACGUGCCCCGUGGACCGCAGUGUAGUGACGGUUGCCCACCUCCGCCCUGUCCCACGGAUCAUGCGUAAUAUGCUCUCAAAGCUGCAGAUCACUUGUGACAACGCUGUUUUCGGCUGUACGGCAGUAGUGCGACUUGACAACCUGAUGUCUCACCUCAAUGACUGCGAGCACAAUCCAAAGCGCCCAGUGACUUGCGAGCAGGGAUGCGGCUUGGAAAUGCCCAAAGAUGAGCUACCAAACCACAACUGCAUCAAGCAUUUGAGAUCUGUGGUGCAACAGCAGCAGACAAGAAUUGCUGAGCUGGAGAAGACUUCAGCAGAGCACAAACAUCAGCUAGCAGAGCAGAAACGGGACAUUCAGUUGCUGAAGGCCUAUAUGCGAGCUAUCCGUAGUGUCAACCCUAACCUGCAGAACCUGGAAGAGACCAUCGAAUAUAAUGAAAUCCUGGAGUGGGUGAACUCCCUCCAGCCAGCCCGGGUGACACGGUGGGGUGGAAUGAUCUCCACGCCGGAUGCAGUGCUGCAGGCUGUCAUCAAGCGCUCACUGGUGGAGAGCGGCUGCCCCACAUCCAUCAUCAACGAGCUGAUUGAGAACGCCCACGAGCGGAACUGGCCACAGGGCCUGGCCACGCUGGAAACCCGCCAGAUGAACCGGCGGUAUUACGAGAACUAUGUGGCCAAGCGCAUCCCUGGCAAACAGGCUGUGGUGGUGAUGGCCUGUGAAAACCAGCACAUGGGUGAGGACAUGGUGCUAGAGCCAGGACUGGUGAUGAUAUUUGCACACGGAGUGGAGGAAAUAUAAGGACUUCCAAAGCAAGAAACACUUCGUGCUGACAAGGGAAAGGAGGGAGAAGGGGGAGAGGCAGAGGGGACCGGGGGAGUAGCUAGUCAAAACCACUGGUGUUUCCUAGCCACCUGUAUGGUUUUGUUGGGGCAUUAUUCCUUCGAGCCUCUUGCUUCCUAGCAGAAAGAGUUAAAAGCCUCUGGUAAAUACUACUUAAAACACUUGGCCUAGCAAUGAACACACAACGCAGCCCAUCCAUGUUUGCCCCUUGCAGAUCAGCUUCCACCUGCAAUAUCUUUCAGGGGUGGGAGGGAGGGAGAGAAAGCACAACCACUCCUCUGAAUACCGCCUGACUCUUCAGACCCAGCCUGUGUUUUGGAUGCUGGUGCCUCUGCCAAAGCCCUGGCUCCUUGUGCAACCCAAACUGACAGGAUAAUUUGUUAUCUUGCUGCGGACUGACCCCAUGGCCAGUGGCAUAUCUCUUCUUUGUCCAGAGGCUAAAUCGUUCUUGGGCUUUAUCUCCCUCUCUGGAUUUUUCCUGCCUCGCUCUCAAAGGUUUCUCUGUUGCAGUUUCUUCAAGUCUUGCCUCCUUCCAUGCCUGACUGACCACACAGUACCUUAACAGCAGGAUUUGCUCCCUGGCCUCCUGUGCUGGGCUGGGGAGGGGGCAUGGGAUUGGGAGAAGAGGUCCCAGGAGCAAGUCUAUGAACGGAGCUGAGAGUAGUGCCCAGAAACAGCUCUCAAAACCUAAAGGCAGCUGAAGCCAAGACAGCUGAGCCGCCAAGAGGACAAGUCUCCAGCGCUUGUCAAGGGCUGGGGCCCUCCCACGUGUGGGAGAGACUCGGUCUUGGAGGAACCGGCCUUUCAGAUGGGCUCUCCAGGCCCUGGAUGCUGCCGUCCCUGCAGAUCUGCGCGGGCCGUCGCUCCGUGCGUGCCCCACGCUGCCAGCCCGGCCGUGGCUCCCUCUUCUCUCCGACGGGAGAGCCCAGGCUCUCCCAAGCUUGCUGUGUGGAUGCUCCUGCCCAAGCGAACAGCUCGUGGCUGCCCAGGCAUCUUGUGCCAUUUAAAGUUGCCUCCACGUGUUGCCCUUAGCCCUAGAGAAACUCCUGUCUGGUCUGUGUGCAUUGGGUAUUUGGCAUAAGAGUUCUGUACUGUUACUGUUGUUACUUUUCAGACACUUGUGAUUGUGGUUCUGUAUUUUUUUGUACUUUUUUGGCCUCUUUUGUUUGUAUAUCCCCCUCUUUUUAUUUUAUUUUUGAAGUACCAUGGACAGGCGCCUCAGAACCUGGUUACGUUUACUUGUUGGGAAUUUAAUUUAUUUGCAUUUGUUUUGUUUUUUACAGUUCUUUUCUCCUUCUGUGUCUGUAUUAUUCAGAUACUGUUUCAUCACUCACUCCUGUGCCCAUGUGGCCUACUGUGAGGCAGGGAUUUAAAUAAUCAAUAAACAGCGUUCUGGUUGCUUUA